UUGAACGGCCCGCCGACGGUUGCAAACAUAACGUUCGUCAAUUUUAAGAUUUCAAGCAGAAAAGCGGAUUUCUUUGCACGCGCGAUCUUCUUUUUUUUUGCGUGUAUGUGUUGUGUGUGUUUGGCGUGCGGCUAACUUUGUUGUUGUUGUUGUUCCAGUGUUGUUUUUGUUGUUAUUGUUGGUAACAACGUGCGGCGCGCGCGCUUUAGUUACCAAAAGGAAAAAAGAAGAAUACUAAUCUAAUCCCAGAAUUGCACCUGAAACAAGAAGUAAGCCAAACCGAAUAUUGACGAGGGAAGGAAACUGAGGAAAAUUGAAGCCGCAGUGAGGAAAUCAAAGUAGGAACCGACCACAACUCGUUUGGGAGCAGUCGUCACAAGAUCACAGAACGGGACACAUCAUGACUUUCUACUGGUGGUCACACUGGUUCUGGAUAACCCUGAUCCUGAGUGUUAACUUGCUGUCCAGCCAUGUCCACACAUAUCCCAGCCAGGAGGCGGAAUCGGUGGCCUCCAGUCCGCAUCCGCAUCCGCAUCCGCAGCCCGUUCGCACCACCAAGCUCUACCAGACGACGGUGACCCAGACGUGGGGUGGCCCCGCCACCCAGAGCAACAUCAUGGACCUGACCCACCGACCCACCACCAACCGUCCGGUGGUGACCCCAAGUUAUGGUGUCUCCGAACUGAAGGAGCUGGAUGUCCAUGAUGAUGAUGUCGACCAGGCGGUGGAGCCGCAGGAGGAGCAGGAUGAGCUGCCGCUCAACGAUCGCGAUCAAGAGCAGGAAGAGAAUCCGGAUCAGGAUCGGGAACAGGAUCAAGAUGAUGCAGAUCCAGAUCCAGAUCUAGAUGCAGAUGCGGAUGCGGUUGCGGAUACCGAGGAAACUGCAGCUAACGAGGAGCUGGCUCAGUUCGAGUUCAAGCGAUCGGCGGACUUCACCUCCGAGCAGCUCAACAACUUUACGAAUUUCAGCAGUAGCACUAGUACAAAUGGCAGCAGCAACAGCAGUAGCACUACCACAAAACCCGUUGCAAUCAGCAGCAGUAGUCCGGCCACAAGAACAACGUCCACCACCACCAGAGCGGUGGCCUCAACGCCGACCACUGCGAAACCACCAGGGCCCAGAGCCAGUGCAUCCACUUCGACGUCCACGCCAGCGGGUUCGGCGGCAACUCCAUCGACGCCCAAGAUCAACACUGAGUGGCUGUCCGAUGAGCUCCUGCCGGAUGCUGGUGCGGGGUCAGGGGUCACUGGCAAUGGCAAUGGCAAUGGGAAUGGCGAGGGCGAAAAGGCACCGUUCACCCUGGAAAAUGCCAACAAGGAGGACGAACUAAGGCGGGCCGAAAGCGAGCAUAGAUCCCGCAAGUCCAAGGUCCUGUCCGCGGAAUACAAGCACAUCAAUCGCUACAUCAACUUCUCCAGCGACACCAAGAGUCUGCUGACCAGGUCCGCCUCCGCGGCGCCCAGCGUGUCGGGGGGCGGGGCCGCAUCCGGAUCCGGGUUGUAUGACGGAGCCGUCGGCGACGAGGGCAACAUCUCAUCCGAGGCCCUGGCCAUUCAGCGAACGUAUUUCCUAGAUGCGGGCGCCAUUUCGGCGAUUUGCUUCACUGUCUUCGGCGUCUGCUGCACAGUGGGCACCAUCGGCAUCGUCCUGUACCGUCGACGGUAUCUGAACAAGCCGCAGGCUCUCAGUGAACCGGACUCGAGUGUCUACAUCGAUGACAGCACCAUGCGGUUUUCUCGCUUGAUUUUGCAGGACAACUCGGAUGAGAUGUACAGCCUGGACAACGACUCGUUUCUCAAUUCGCUGGAGGCGAUGACAAUACAAAACUACUGGACGGAUACGGUCAAACAUACAAAGCUUUAAUUUCCGGUUGGAAGUCCCCCCCAGUCCACCAGUCCCCCAGUCCCCAACUCAUUUUUAUUCGUUUGUAGUUUCAUUUGAAUUUCAAUUUCCAUUCCGAAUUUGGAUUCGUUCUUCUGUGGAAUUCCUGAUUUAAAACCAGACAUCAUAAUCAUUAAGUAGCGUAGCGUUUAAGCGUGUGUAUGUAUUUACUAAUGUUAGGCAACCAAAACGAGCAACUAGUUUAAGCCCAAACUACCAAAAUUAUGUUUAGUGUACGUGUAGAUCCUAAGUGUGCAAUGUUUUUGUUGGUCUUGGCUGUUAACUCAAGCCUCCUUAACCACUUCCCCAAAAAACUUCCCAAAUCCAGGCUCUCUCUUUUAAUAAAACCCAUUCGUACUCGUAUCUGUUAGUUAAUUAUUAAACCUUAUUUAUAUUGUUAACUAUUUUAUCGACCGCCCCGCCCCCUAAGCCUAAUUUUAAACACACCUAUUUAUUAAGUUUCCAACUUUGUGUCCAACAAUUAAACGCAAUCAUUCCUUCCAGUUUAGCCUAUAGAGCAACUUUACACUGUAAUUACUGUAUUAAAAGCGAAGCAAGCAAACAACAAUUAAAAGAAAACAUCACACAUACACAUCGGUGUUGCUGGAAUUUUAGCAAAAAUAAUCCGUUUCUGGCGCAAAAUGUUAAAUAAACAUUUAUUAAAAGUAUGUUAAGUUUAAAUGGAAAAAAGGAA